CGUUGGAAGAGGGAGGGAGGAUCGGAGUUUUGGGUUUUCCCCGGAGGGUGUAUGGAGUACGUACUCUGUGGUGGAGAUCAUAGAUCAUAGACCAUUUGCAGGAUGGAAUACGAUGCGUGAAGUAACCAAGGCAGGCAGAUUUCACCAUCUGUGAACUUUGAAGCAUGCACUAGGUCCUCACCUCCAACCUACCUGCCUACAUAUGGGCCCGCUCGGCUAAAGGAAUCCGUCGACUCCAUAGGUUAUAAACUUACAACAGUUACUCAAUAUGUCUUGGCCCCUUCCAGAAAACCUGUCUGGUUAAUGGAUACGGGUGGGAUCUGCGGGGUAAGGGAAAUCAGGAACAGAUGAAUUUGCCUACUUGCAUACUUCUUUCUAUUCGUUGAUUUCCCUGUUAUGACGCCAGCCAUGAUAUCGGUCUUACAAUCCCAUUUUCCUUCAAAGGAGAAAGUGAAUUCUUUAUUGGAAUUUUACCAUGCUAUGCAAACAUGACGUCACAACCAGGUUUAUUCGCCUCUUCGUUCACCAGGUUAUGAAGCUGUUUUUUAUAUAAGGAGAGCUUGCUACCUCCUAAGUCCUCUUUUUCCCCUCUUCCAUUAUCAACAAACAAUUCAAGAAUAAUACAUUCAAACCAACAUCAAAUCACAAUAAACUUUCUACCUCAAACACUUCUACUUCAAAUCUUCAAUCAAUACCAUAUUCAAAAUGACAGGAGAAUCUACUAUCCAAAAGGUGAAGGAUGCCCUCCACGUCGGUAUGCACAACCCCCGUCUUUUCAAAUCCCAUCUAGUAUCACUAACAAUUUCAGGUGGAAAUAAGGACCACAGCACAACUGGUACGACCGGUACUACCGGCACAACCACCACUGGUGGUGCAGCCCGUACUGGCCAUGCCGAAGGUUCCCAUGGACCUCAUUCCUCGUCUAUGGCUAAUGCCGCUGACCCACGAGUCGACUCCGAUCUAGACGGAAACCGUCUUCCUAACAAGACCUCUGGCGGAUACGGCACUCAAGAUGCAGGAUACGGUACCACAGGUACACACACUGGUUCCCACACUGGUACCCAUACUGGCACUCACACCGGUGCUCAUACUGGUACUUACUCUGGUACACACACUGGUACACAUAUUCCAGGAACUUCCAACACUGGCCACGCUGAGGGCUCUCACGGACCCCACAGCUCCUCUCUCGCCAAUGCUGCUGACCCACGUGUCGAUUCCGAUUUGGAUGGAAACCGUAUUCCUAACAAGACCUCCAGCGGCUAUGGUACCCAAGAUGCUUAUGGUUCUGGUGUUGGAUCGACCGGUACUCACCACCACCAAGGCACAACCGCUGGUAACACUGUUGGUGGAACUGGCUUCAGUGGAGGAAUUUCCCACAGCACCAAUGCUGGCCCUCACGACUCCAACCUCGCUAACGCUGCUGACCCAAGAGUCGACAGCGAUUUGAGCAGCACUGGAAACCGCCAUGGAGCUUCCACAGGACACUCUGCAUUCGGAGUUUCGGGUUCCCAUGCCACUCCAGGCUCAGGAACUGCUCAGAAUACUGCUGGUCCACAUAACAGUGAUUUGUUGAACAAGUAAGCUCUUUCCAUCUUUUAACUUUCCAAACGUAUAUAUAUACUAACAGUUCUUCGCAGGGCUGACCCCAGAGUCGAUGCCGAUCUCGAUGGUUCCAAGACCUUUGGAGGAAACAAAACUUACCAUUAAAUCAUAUGCAUCAUGAUACCCUUGCUUCACGCGGCAUGAAUUUGCGAUACCCGAAGAUUGGGCAUACCCGCGUAACGGGGUUUUUUCUCUCUUCACACCGAUUGUCUAAUGGGUUAGGGUUUUCUAUAUGAUGGAUGGAUAGGGAUGGGUUGAUGGAUAUGUGUGGUGGCAUGGGGGAUAUUUUUCUACUAGGCAUGGAUUUUAUGAAUUACGAAAUGAUAUUAAUUGCUUUAUGAUAAUU